AUGGCCCGAUCAAUUAUUCUUGCUCUUCUCCUCUCCUCAACUGCCCUCGCAUCGAAUCCCGUCUUUGGUGCCUACUCUACAGAUUCAUGCGACACAUGUCUGGAUCAAACCUAUGAGAGCUGUCCAGGAGACUACAAGACACGUUCCUACGCAACAUGUAUGUGCGCAGGUGACGGCAGCGCCAACUUUGUGUCCUGCCUCUCAUCUUGCGAUCCAACUCUCAAUGAGCCUGCCAAUGCAAGUGCCACCUACUACGGGUACUGUCUCAUGUUCUUCAAAGAGCUAUGUGAUGGUGCGCAGGAGUUUGUGAGCAGUGAUACAUAUGCCGAGCAGUGUUCCAAGGAGGCUAUAAAGGCUGGCGGGAUCGGCGAGAAGGGAAAUGAUUCCGGAGACGAUGGCGGUUCUGGAAGUGAUGGUGGCUCUGAUAAGGAGAGUGACGCCGAUGCUGAUGAGAGUACUGCAAUUGAAGCACCGACCAAGACAAACGAGUCAGCUAGUGAAAAGACCAACGAAAAGGGCGAAUCCAAUGAGACAGGUGCUGCUACCACGACAGGCGACUCUAGCAAGACAUCCGAGACAGCUCAGACAACAUCUGGUGCUAAAGCGACGGCUAUUCCCGCCAUGGCCCUUUUCGCUGGUCUUGGAUUGCAGUUCAUCAAUGUCUAA